AUAUUAUUGUUCGUAAACAACUUUGGUUCAGGUGUUUUUCAUUUAAUUUCUAUCGGUUUUAAGACAAUAUUUUAAUACAAAUGUCGUCCAACAACUAUGCCAAGUUAUUCAAUGUCGACCAUUGCUGUUAUUAAAAAACAUAACCUUCAAAGUUACACACUUAAUUCUUUAGAUUUUUAGUUUUGUGAUAAAAGUGGAGACCAAUCUUAUAAUCAUGUAGAUUGUGAUAUUCAGCGAAGUGAUAGUUGGGUGUUAUUUUUAAGUCAAAUAAUUUUUAUUUAUGUCGUAUUUUGUGUAAUUAACUAACGCAAAAAUGUCGAUUGUGGCGAUGCAACAGUUUGUCGCGGGGCUGAAGUCUCGGCACGCAGAUGUCCGCAACAAGGCUGCCCAUGAUCUGUCUGUGUAUGUAAAGACAGAAAUGAGGGAGGCAACAGCCGAUGAGAUAAAUGUGUUCCUGGAUGAAUUCAAUCAUAAUAUAUUUGAAAUGGUCUCUGCAAAUGAUGUAAACGAGAAGAAAGGAGGCAUUUUAGCAAUAGUGUGUUUAAUUGGAGCUGAUGUAGGCAAUAUGACAACACGUAUUUCACGUUUCGCCAAUUAUUUGAGGAAUCUGUUGCCUUGCAAUGACAUAAGUGUUAUGGAGAGUGUGGCAAACACUAUGGGUAGAUUAGCUUUAGUCUCAGGUUCAAAGGCUACAGAGUAUGUGGAGUUUGAGGUGAAAAGAGCAUUUGAAUGGCUUGGAGGUGAUAGGCAAGAAGGUAAAAGACAUGCAGCAGUGUUGGUGUUAAGGGAGUUAGCACAGACAAUGCCUACAUACUUCUAUCAACAAGUGUCACCCUUCUUUGAUUUGAUAUUCCAUGCUGUCCAAGAUCCUAAACCUGUAAUAAGAGAAGGCGCAGUGGAUGCGUUAAGAGCAGCUCUGGUUGUAACAGCUCAAAGAGAAUCAACCAAACAAACGCAACAUCCGCAAUGGUACAAGUUAUGUUUUACCGAAACCACGAAAUUGCUAAAUGUGGAAAAGAAUGAUAAAACCAGGGAUGACCGAGUUCACGGCGCGUUACUUGUCCUGAACGAGUUGGUCAGAUGUUCGAACGCCGAAUGGGAACGCAAAUAUACAGGUUUAAUUGAAAGCAUGGAGAGCGUCCAUGAUCGAAAUAUUUACACAAAGCCAAAGUUUGGUUUUGCUAAGCGGAAUCCGCAAUAUCAAAAUGAUGGCAAGGGAAGUAUUUUACCAGUUGUGACGGAAUCUGCAGAAUGUCGCCAGUUAAUUUCUGAAAAUUACGACUACAUUUGUUUGGACGUACUAACACAACGCACCUCCCGUUAUACUUAUACGCAGCAGGUUUUAAUUGCCAUUUUACCUCGCUUGGCCGCUUUUAACAAGGAAAUGUUUAUAGAAAAACAUUUACCAAUUGCAAUGAACUAUCUGCUAGUGAAUUUAAAAAACAGAGAGAAAGAAAGGGGAGCUACAUUCAUAACGAUCGGAUUGAUUGCUGUAGCUGUCGGCGAUGCUAUUAGACCAUACUUUUCAAAAAUCAUGGAAGCUAUCAGAAUGUCGCUUCCUAAUAGAGAAACGCCCACCAAGAAACGUAUAGCAAUCGAUGCCAGCGUCUUUAAAUGUAUUUCAUUCUUGGGAUAUGCUUUAACUAGUUCUAUUCAUAAAGAUAUCCAAGAUAUUUUAGAACAAAUGUUUCAAACUGGAUUAACAUCAUCACUGACCGUCUGCUUGAGGGAAUUAGCCAGAUUAAUACCAGAAUUGAAACCUCAGAUAAAUGUGGGACUAUUAAAGAUGCUUUCACAUAUUCUGAUGAACAAACCUCUGAUGCAUCCGGGAAUGCCGCGGCAAAUGAAUACACCUAAUCUAGGCAUGGGCGACAGUUGUGAUAUUCCUAGCACUGUAUUGGCUUUGCACACUUUAGGAAAUUUUGAUUUCGAGGGUCAGAGUUUGUUAGAUUUUGUGAAACGAUGCGCCGAUUUUUAUAUAUUGCACGAACACCAGGAGAUUCGCUUGGAAGCUGUACGAACAUGCUCCAGGUUAUUGAAGCAAACUGUAAUCGAAGAGAAGACCACGAUGGUCAAUGAUACAGUGGCAGGAGUUUUAAACAAAUUGUUGGUCGUUGGUAUGACUGAUACAGAUCCAGACGUAAGAUUUUGGGUUCUAUAUUCAUUAGACAAUACUUUUGAUAGUCAUUUAUCUCAAGCAGAAUCGUUGAGCGCAUUAUUCGUUGCACUUCACGACGAAGUGUUUGAAAUUAGGGAAGUUGCUCUUUGCACGAUCGGUAGAUUAAGUGCAAUGAAUCCUGCAUACGUUAUGCCUUCGUUGAGAAAGAUACUUGUACAGUUGUUGACGGAAUUGGAGCAUUCUGGUACAGGCAGGAACAAAGAACAAGGUGCUAAAAUGUUGGAUUAUUUAAUCGUCAGCGCUCCCAGACUAAUCCGCCCGUACAUGGAACCAAUGUUAAAAGUCUUAGUGCCUAAAUUGCGCGAUCCAGAGCCAUAUCCAGGUGUAGUUUUAGCAGUACUCUUGGCUCUUGGUGAUUUAGCAGAAGUAACUGGAGGCGGAGUGGAACUUCAGUUGUGGAUGCAAGAAUUAAUGUCGAUAUUAUUGGAAAUGCUAGGCGAUGCUUCUGCUCCGGAGAAAAGGGGAGCAGCUCUUUAUACAUUGGGACAGUUGGUUGGAGCUACCGGACACGUGGUUAAACCAUAUAACCAGUAUCCAAUACUGUUAGACGUGCUGAUCAACUUUUUAAAAACGGAACAACUGUUGUUCAUCCGUCGUGAAACAAUACGUGUCUUAGGAUUAUUGGGUGCUUUGGACCCUUACAAACACAAAAUGAAUAGAGGUCAAAUCGACUAUCAACCAGAAUCUCCAGUUCUUAUACCUCUUACAGAUAAGGAUGACGAUGGCAAUGCAGAUUUAACAUCUAGCGAAAUGCUAGUAAAUAUGAGCUCAAACACGUUAGAAGAGUACUAUCUGGCAAUGGCAAUCGCAACGCUAAUGAAAAUCAUUAGAGAUCCAACGUUAUCGCAACAUCAUACCAUGGUUGUUCAAGCUGUCACAUUUAUAUUUAAAAGUCUGGGUAUCAAAUGCGUACCUUACAUUUCGCAGGUUCUGCCGAGUUACCUGAAUGUAGUACGAACUGCAGACAUAAAUUUCCGUGAAUUCUUGUUCCAACAAUUAGCUCAUUUAAUUUCCAUCGUAAAGCAGCAUAUUCGUAAUUAUCUUGAUGAUAUUUGUCUGCUCAUAAAAGAAUUCUGGACACCGUCGAGUACCAUUCAAACAACGCUUAUAUUGUUAAUUGAACACAUUGCUGUUGCACUGGGGGCGGAAUUUAAGCUGUACCUACCAAAGUUGAUGCCGCAAAUAUUGCGCGUUCUUAAUCAUGACCAAUCCAAAGAUCGAGUUGUAACAUUAAAAUUAUUAGGGGCAUUAUAUAAAUUUGGAAAUAAUCUGGAUAAUUAUAUGCAUUUAAUUUUACCGCCCCUCGUGAGGUUGUUUGAUGCUCCCGAUUGUCCAACUAACGUAUCGAAGCAGGCACUUGAAACUGUAACACAACUCGCCGAGAUUUUGGAUUUUAGCGAUUUCAUUUCGCGUAUAGUGCAUCCAUUGGUUCGGACUAUGGACAUGAAUGCGGAAUUAAGAGGCGUUGCUAUGGAAACACUAUGUUCAUUGGUGGUGCAGCUUGGAAGAAAGUUUAAAAUAUUUGUACCGCUCGUGAAAAGAAUUAUUAUUAAACAUAAAAUACACAAUUGUUUAUACGACAUGCUUAUUAGCAAAAUUACAAGCGACACGACGUUAGCAGACGACUCGGACUUCUCGUUGGUUAAAAUGAAGAUAAAAGUUAAAAAUAGGGAGGCGAAUGUUUGCACUAUGGAUUCAACUAUGAUACAGCGUUUGAAAGUUUCUGCCAAAAAUUUGGAGCAAGCAUGGACUGCAACGCGUCGCGUUUCCAAAGACGAUUGGCUUGAAUGGUCUCGGCGAUUAAGUAUAGAAUUACUGAAGCAAUCUCCUAUUCCGGCUUUGCGUUCUUGCUUAUCGUUAGCCCAAUCGUAUCCACAGUUACCCAAAGACUUAUUCAAUGCAGCGUUUGUUAGUUGUUGGACUGAGUUAAGCGAAGGAAUGCAGAAGGAGUUGAUUAAAAGUCUGGAGCAGGCGUUGCUGGUUGCUGAUAUCCCGGAAAUAACGCAAACUAUUCUGAACUUGGCGGAGUUCAUGGAGCACUGUGAUAGAGGACCGUUACCUAUCGAUGCAAAAUUAUUGGGCGAGAAAGCGAUGCACUGCAGGGCUUACGCAAAAGCGUUACAUUACAAGGAGGAGGAAUUCCAACGCGGCGAGAACAGUCAUAACAGUCAAGUUGUGGAGGCUUUAAUUUCAAUCAAUAAUAAAUUGCAGCAGAAGGAAGCGGCCGAAGGUUUACUGCAAUACGUAAUGCAAUUUAGUCCCGAUCGUCCUUUACAAGUGAGGUGGUAUGAAAAAUUACAUAAUUGGGACAAGGCGUUGAGUCUGUAUACAGAACGAUUGAAAGCAGAUUACAAUGAUUACGAUGCUUGCUUGGGACAAAUGCGCUGCUUAGAAUCGUUGGGAGAAUGGGAAAAUUUACAUAAACUGGUAGAAGAAAGGUUUGAUGGCUUGGAGGCGGAUAAGAAACAAAAGGCGGGUCGGUUGGCGGCUGCGUCUGCAUGGGGCAUGAAGCAUUGGGUUUCAAUGGAGAGGUACGUGAAGGUGAUACCGCGCGAUACACAGGAUGGAGCUUUCUACAGAGCAAUUCUGUCCAUACACAAGGAACACUAUGAUGAAGCACAGAGGUACAUAGACAUGGCUCGUGAUUUAAUCGACACAGAAUUAACGGCCAUGGCAGGUGAAUCGUAUGAAAGAGCUUACAACGCUAUGGUUGUUGUUCAAAUGCUUGCUGAGCUUGAAGAAGUCAUACAAUACAGAUUGAUACCUGAAAGAAGACCAACCUUAAAAGCUAUGUGGUGGCAAAGAUUGCAAUCCGGACAGAGACUUGUUGAAGACUGGCAGAGGAUUAUUCAAGUGCAUUCGUUAGUUUUAACUCCCAAAGAAGAUAUGCACACGUGGCUUAAAUACGCAUCACUUUGCAGGAAAAGUGGUUCAUUGAUGUUGUCUCAUAAAACAUUGGUGAUGUUGCUUGGCUAUGAUCCAAGUAUGCAUGAGGAGAUUCAACUACCUUACAAUCAACCUCAGGUAUCGUUUGCAUAUACCAAACACAUGUGGAUGGCAGGCGAAACAGUUUUGGCUUAUAAACAAUUGGAAACGUUCCUGAAAUCAUACUAUCCAGACAAUACCAAAGGAGACAUUGUCCAUCACGAGGACAGACAAAGGUUGCUUGCACGCUGUUAUUUAAAAUUGGGUGAUUGGCAGAAAAUAUUGGACGGUGUCACGGAAAAGUCUAUACCUUCAAUGUUGCAAAGGUACAAAGAUGCUACUGAACAUGACAAAACUUGGUACAAAGCAUGGCAUUCGUGGGCUUACAUGAACUUUGAAACGGUUCUAUUUUAUAAGAAUAAAGCUGAGAUUAAUAAGAGCACGGAUUAUAUAAUUUAUAUAGUUCGAGCUGUUCAAGGUUUUUUCAAAUCGAUAAACCUUUCAAAGGGAAGUUCAUUGCAAGACACUCUGCGUUUAUUGACCUUGUGGUUCGACUAUGGACAAAUUAACGAAGUUUAUGAUGCCAUCACUGAUGGGUUAAGAACUAUUGAAAAAAAUACUUGGUUACAAGUAAUUCCACAACUAAUUGCGCGGAUUGAUUCGACUACUUUAGUCUCGCGUUUAAUCCACGAAUUGCUUAUAGACAUUGGAAAAACGCAUCCGCAGGCUCUUAUAUACCCAUUAACUGUAGCAUCGAAAAGUACAUCGAUGGUCAGGCAAAAUGCUGCAAAUAAAAUUUUGAAAUCUAUGAGUGAGAAUGGUCCUACUUUAGUUCAACAAGCUAUAACUGUUUCGGAAGAACUUAUUCGCGUGGCGAUUCUAUGGCACGAAAUGUGGCAUGAAGGACUCGAGGAAGCUUCCAGAUUAUAUUUUGGAGAAAACAAUAUUGACGGUAUGUUCAAAGUUUUGGAUCCACUACAUGCGCGUUUAGCUUGCGGGCCGCAAACACUUAAAGAAAUAAGUUUUACACAAGCUUAUGGCAGGGAUCUAGUUGAAGCGCAAGAUUAUUGUCAACGAUUUAAGACUAACAAAACUAAACGAGAUUUGAAUCACGCCUGGGAUUUGUACUAUCACGUGUUUAGAAGGAUAACAAGACAAUUGCCACAGUUGACGUCCUUAGAAUUGCAGUACGUUUCUCCGAAACUGCUGACUUGCAGGGAUUUGGAACUGGCUAUUCCUGGUAGUUAUUGUCCAGGACAAGCUAUAGUUAGAAUUUCUCACAUACAAAGUUCCUUAGAGGUAAUCACGUCAAAACAAAGGCCAAGAAAAUUGUCCAUAAGGGGAAGCAAUGGGAAAGAUUAUAUGUUUUUGUUGAAAGGUCAUGAAGAUCUGAGACAAGACGAGCGUGUCAUGCAAAUAUUUGGAUUGGUUAACACCUUAUUGCUGAAAGAUCCCGAUACAUUCAGACGAAAUCUAACAAUUCAACGUUAUGCUGUGAUUCCUUUGAGUACGAAUUCUGGUUUGAUCGGUUGGGUUCCUCAUUGCGAUACUCUGCACACUCUUAUUAGGGACUACAGAGAGAAGAAAAAGAUACUGCUAAAUAUAGAGCAUAGGAUAAUGUUGAGAAUGGCUCCGGAUUACGAUCAUUUGACAGUAAUGCAGAAGGUGGAGGUAUUUGAACAUGCGUUGGAACAUACGCAUGGUGAUGAUUUGGCUAAACUACUAUGGCUUAAAAGUCCUUCAUCUGAAGUGUGGUUUGAUAGAAGAACGAAUUAUACUAGAUCAUUGGCUGUAAUGUCAAUGGUCGGUUAUAUUUUGGGUCUCGGGGAUCGUCAUCCAUCGAAUCUUAUGUUGGAUCGAUUAAGCGGGAAAAUAUUGCAUAUAGAUUUUGGUGACUGUUUCGAGGUGGCAAUGACCAGGGAGAAAUUCCCAGAGAAAAUUCCGUUCAGAUUAACGAGAAUGUUGAUCAACGCUAUGGAAGUAACCGGAAUCGAUGGCACCUACAGACGAACAUGCGAGAGUGUUAUGUCCGUGCUCCAUAGGAAUCGUGACAGCGUUAUGGCAGUUUUAGAAGCCUUCGUUUACGAUCCUUUAUUGAACUGGAGACUUGUCGAUACUGCAGCUAGGAAUAACAAAUCUACGAACGAUGUUAGCAUGUCAGGUACAGGUCCGUCAUCUCAAGACCAGGACUCCUCAUUGAGCAUAAAUAUGUCCAGAAAGGGUGCAAAUAUCAUUGAUGGUUUAGUCGAUAGCUCGCAGCAAUAUGAGGCGGUCAAUGAGAAGGCGGUGGCAAUUAUAAAUAGAGUUAGGGACAAAUUAACAGGGAAAGAUUUCAUAAGGGAUGGCACCUCUACCGUUAAUUCGCAAGUCAAUCAGCUUAUUAUUCAAGCAACAGAUAAUGAGAACCUGUGCCAGUGUUAUAUAGGCUGGUGUCCAUUCUGGUAAACAAAAAUGUACUUUUCUUUCUGUUUUAUUAUAAUUUUUCCUUUCUUUUUUGUUAGUCACCUAAGUUAU